CCUCCGCUUGGGCAGGGAGUCCCUGGGCAGGGGAGGAGAAGGAGUCGUCCCACAGGGUCUGAUUCCUGUCCAGCCGGGAGCCACUUCCUACUCUUUACUGUGGGGUGAAGACAGGAGACAGCACACCUAGGGGUUCAUUCAAGCACCCUGGGCCUCGGCCUUGCCAACGCCCCUCCCAGGUCCUGGUGCUGGGACCGCACCCCUCUGCAGACCAGUCGGAAAUCCAGCCCGCAUCCCGCUGUCAUCUGCGGGGAGGAAGCCCAGCGUCUGUUCAUGGGCUCGGUGGGGAGACAUCCAUUCAAAUCCUCUGCCUGAUCUCUGAUUGGGGCGAUUGGCUUUUUUGGUUGCUGAGCUGUAAGGACACUAGACCCGUCUCCCAUUCUGUGGGUUGUCUCUUGAUGGCGUCCUUUCAUGCACCCGGGUUUUUAACUUUGAUCAGUCCAAGCACACCUGUGUUUUCUUUUGCUGUUGUGUUUCUGUGUCGUGUUGAAGAGCCCACUGCCAAGUCCAAGGCCACGAAGAUGGGAGGUGGGAAAAUCCAACAAGCGGCCCUUGGCUGGGGGGGUGGGGAGGAGGAGAAGGCUGCCCGGAGGGGGGAUGUUUGUCUGGAGCCUGAAGUUUGGGCAGGAGUUGGGGGUGGAGAGGGGCGAUGACAGAGAGAAGCUUCCAGAACAGGGGGCAGCAGGUGCACAGACAGGGAGGGAGGCAAGAGUGAGAGUGAGAGAUUUGCACCUCCCCUGCGUCCUCCCCUUCCUCCCCCUCCUCCCCUUUCUUGCCCCCACCAUGACCCCUGGGUAGCCCCUGCACCUGUACCCUGGGUCUGGGGGGGGCGGCCAAGGGGCAUGGGGGUAGUGAUGUGGCUGUGUUUAGAGACCUGGGUCCCUGUGAAAAAUUCCAAGCCUGUCACUGGAGGAAAGGAAAUGGGGGUCAGAGCAGGGGGAUGGCGAGUGGCCCCCCGCCUGAACUUGUAUGUGAGUGGAGGGGGUGAUUGCAGCCACACAGGAGGGUUACAGGGGUGAGGGAAGUGGGGACAGCCUCCGAGAAGGCGAAUUCUGAGCGGAUGCCCACCCAUCAGUGAGGAGGAGCUAGGCAGGUGCAGAGGGAAGAGUGUGAAAAGGCCCAGAGGCGAGCAGAACAGGACAGUUGAGCCAGGUAGGCUUGGUCCUUUGGGGGGAAGGGGGGACCCGGGACAGCUUCUUGAGUCCAGCCUUUACCUCCGCGUGAGGCAGGCCACCCAGACCAGGGUCUCUGUGGAGAGACAGAUCUAAGAGCUGGACCCCAGGGCAGGCCAUGUGGGGCUCCCCAGGCCAAGGCCUCGCCCUGCCCUUUAGGACCCCGCUCUGUGACGUUCUUUGCAAUCUGAGGUCUGCUUCCCUGCGCCCCCCCCCAUUAAUGCCUGGACGUGCACUCCCGCAUCGCUGGUGUGGCCCCAAGAGGACAGCCACAGCUGGGGUAGACCCCGUGCGGGGCAAUCUGUGUGUCCUGCCCUUAUUAGUUCAGCUUCCUAACCCUGUCUGUCUGAGGCUACGGCCUGGCUCGCGGCUGGCAGCUGUCCCCGGGACAAAGUACUGGUGUCGCAGCCAGACACCCAACUGACCCGGCUCCCAGCUCGGCCACCACCCAGUCUGCACCCAAGGCCAGUGGGGGUUGCAGUGGUAACAGGCUUCUGUUCCACCUGGUGGGUCGCCAACGUGCCGGCCCCUUUGUGUCCCACUGCACCGCCAUCAAGGGUCAACACCAGGCACAGUGGAGGGCCCCCUGACCCCCUUCUGAACCCAGGUCCUUCCCACAUCCAGGGGAGUGGUCACUGCUCUGGACGGCUGUGACACAUUUCGAGCCCCACCCCCCACCCCCAGCCAGGCAGAUCUCCAGGGCCCGUGUUCUAAGGCCCCACUGCCAAGCCUUGGCCUACGCAGGUUCCCCUGCUGGGGAUACCCUUGGCCCUCGGGCCCUCGGGCCCUCGUUCGCAGGUGGCUCUCGGUGAGAACGCCAGUCCGCGGGGUUCUGCCUCGCUUUGCCUUUAGCCUUGAGGGUGCUGUGAGUUCUGCUCAGCUCCAUGGCCAGGCCGUGGAGCCCGCAGCGGGGCACCCGUGGAUCGAAAAGGCAGUGACUGAGUCAGGAGAAAGCGUGGCUUUGGUGAUGGCAGGAUGGCCGGUGUUUGUUCCCAGGGAGGCUGGAACCUCUGGAUGGGUCCCGCGUCGCCUUGGGCAAAUAGCCUAGCCUCUCCGGAGGUCAGACCCGUGCUGCCCCCAUUACAGGGUGUGGCCAGGGCGAUGGGAGAAGGGAUUCGGCUGAGAGGGUCUGCUCGUGGGGGGGGGAUAGCCUGGGAUGACCCGCUCUGCUGCUGGGGGCAGGGACGGACGGGAUGGAGGCUCCCAGGGGGCACGGCUUCCUUGAGGCCACAGAGUCAGGGGUCCCGGGGGAGGAGGGAUGGCUGUGGGCCGCAGUCCCUCCCUCACCUGAGGCCCCUGGUUCUCCAAGAGUUGCUCUUCGGCCUCCCUCUGCCCCCGGGGAACCCCGGGCAGAAACCCGAGACCGAGCACGGGCCUCGGUUCAGGCUGCGGUGGGGCCCAGGCCGCUCCCUCCGGCCCUGCUUCCUCCUGCGGAGCCGGCCUGUUGCCAUGGGGACAGCAGACCGGGCGGGUCCCCCACCCACCUGGCCCAGGGGUGCCCCAGCCUCACACACCUGGUCAGCUGCGCGCCCCGGGGAGGGGCGGGGUGGGGCCUGGAGGGCCCCCGCUGCUUUCAUUUUGAGGGGGCCCCUUCCCCUUCCUCACCCCCACUCGGCCUUGGACCCCGCUUUCUGGGAAACCCUGUGGCAGUUUCCUCUGACCUCCGUUAACCCGGAGUCCGCGGCCCACAGAGGGGGGCCGACUUCCGCCUCUGACCUGAGGCUUCCUGCCCGGCACGUACCUCCACCCAGAGGGCUGGCUGAGCACCCUUCUCCGGACUCCCCGCCUUCCAGAAGGUUCUGGGCCCCUCUGCCCACCUCCCUCUGCCGCACCGUGUCCCAGGCAAUGGACACAGGAAGUCCGCCGGUUCAGUCAGGGAGGCCGGACACGCAUGCCUCUGCCUCUUGGGUCUCCCCCCACCGCUCACUGCAGCCAUUCGGGAUCCUUCUCGGCGGGGCUGUCCAGGGCACUGUGGGGGGGCCGAACAGCAUCCCCGGCCCCCACCCGCCAGAUGCCAAGAGCUCCCCAGCGUGACCACCACGGACGUCCCGGAUAUGGGCCUGUGUCCCCAGGGUGAGACCCAGUGGGCUGACAGCCGGAGCGGACAGAGUAGAACGGGCUUGGGCCCGUGUUGUCCAACACAGCUCCCGGCCAUGCGUGCAGCGGCCCCUGAGACGUGACCAUGCUGGGCUGAGGUGCACUGUGAGGGCAAAACACACGCCACAUUCCAAAGACUCCGUGGAAGAAGAAAAACCAAAGAACGUACAAGACCACACCGCUCAUUUCUCAUAUUGGUUACAACGUGAAAGGGUCAUGGUUUGCCUCUGUUGGGGCGAAUAAAACCAUCAGAUUACCUUCGCCUGUGUCUUUCCUCGUCCUACGGGAGGCUGCUGGGAGGUUAGACUGGCGCUGGCACGGUGCGCCCGUUAGCGACCUCG